CGGUGACUGCUCGAUCAGUAAUAUUAAGUGCUUAGUUCUCAAACGUGCUAUGGCCGUUGAAAAGAAGAGGUAGAAGAGCUAGCACCAUGUGACUCUGUGAGGAUUACCACUACGGUAGCAACCAUUUACGGUGGCUGUAUCAGAGUCUGAAAAUCACCCUACGGUCUCCAGCACUCAGACAGCUUGGAAGACGCGUGGGGAGCGAAAGAAGUCAGGAGAGAGAAACCCAGCCGGGAGGCUACGCUGGAGAGGAGAUGCAGAGACGACAUGACAGAAACGCAAGUAAAAACAGAGAGCAGUUCACCAAACGGGAAAAAAGCAGCAGAAUUAACCAUGCAAAGCGAAGCGUUGGAAGGCAUGAGGUGCAGUCCUGGACGACAGCUACCAAGCGAUCCUUGUGGCAAAAAGUAAAAGCACAGCUAGGCAUGUCUUUCCUCGUCGUUGUUUUUUGGUGCUGCAGAAGGCUAUACAACUGUUUAGCGCAGCUAUUGAAAUGGUGGAGCAGCUAUCUUCAGAGAAAAUUCAUAAAGAAUCUCAGUGUGUCGCCAGAAGUUGAUCUCCUUGGUUAUUGCGCAAGAGAGUGGAAAGGAGACACAAAGCAGGCCCAACACAUGCGGGAGGCUUAUGAAGACUUAUUUUGGAGAUAUCAUAUCAAAUACCUACGACAAGUCAGGAGAGACAAUUACUGUGUACUAAGAGCAGUGCUUUUUCAGAUAUUCAGCCAAGGCAUUCCUUUUCCAUCAUGGAUGAAGGAGAGAGAUAUAUUAAAGCUCCCUGAAAAGCUUUUGUAUUCUCAAGGUUGCAACUGGAUUCAGCAAUACAGUUUUGGGCCAGAAAGAUACACGGGUCCCAAUGCCUUUGGAAAAUUACGCAAAUGUAUGGAAGCAUUAAAGACAAACUGGACUGAAAUAAGCAGUGUUAAAGAUCACGAAGAAAGAGGAAAUAUGUGUAAUACACUUUUUUCUGAUGAGAGCAAGGAGCACAAACUAUAUGAGGCCAUAAAAUUCAUCAUGCUCUACGAAGUUGUCGAAGCCUAUGAGCAGAUGAAGAACAGGGAAGAACGUGUACCCAACCUUUUUAGCCGCCUACUUGCUCGUGAUUCUUCUUCUGACCCUUUGAGUUUCAUGAUGAAUCAUCUGAACGCCGUGGGCGACUCUGGUCGCCUAGAACAGACUGAAAUGUUUCUUCUUGGAUACUUACUGGAAGUGAGGAUAAGAGUUUACAGACUGCAUAAGUUUAAUCCCGAAGAAUUUCAAGUAAACUAUCCAGAUGAGUAUCAAAGAGAAUGGCAUGAGAUCUCUCUUCUGACUGAGGACGACCGCUACUAUCACAUCCCUGUUACCAGAACAUGAGAGACCAAUGAUUUUUUUUUUCCAUUGUAUAAUAUAGUGAGUGACCAUUUCCAGUGAAUUAGGUUUUUAAUUGGCAGCAGUAAGAUUUUGAUAAGUGCAUAUUAAUGAUUACAAAAUGAUUUAUGGGUUUAUUGUGUAAACAUUUUGCUUUCUUGUUACAGCUCAAUUCACCAGCAGUCGGCCAUAAAAAGUGUGAAAUAUAUUACCAUGCUCUCUGGGAAAAAUGUCAUAUUUGAGGGCUGUCAAACAAAAAAGAUUAAGCUGCCUCACAAAGAAGGAGAAAGAAAUGACAGGGUUUCCAUUGUUAGGCUAAGGGUUUACCCUGACCUGCUCGGAUGGGUUAAAUUCAAAUUCCUAAAGCAAUUACUGCCUUUCCCUUUCUGUCUCUAGCUAGGGCGGACGAAUUGCUCAGGAAGCAACUCCAGGCGGGCAUCCCAACAUUUGUAUGCCAGUAGAUUAAACUGGCGUUGAUGUGGGGCUACCCGGCGUGCGAGGCUGUAAACUGGGGCCGCUGAGGAGCUGCUUCCAAUCACAUGCCGCUUACCCUGUCGCUGAAAUGUCUCCUCCGGAGAAAGCCCAGAGCAAGCAGCUGCAGACUGGAGUUAUUUCAGGCACUUGAAAUGAAGCUGUCUGCGCUCGAUGCUGGUAUCUGCAGCCAAGGAAGUGUUGCACAGAAAAGGAAGAAUACUGUGCCAGAUGAUCUUUAGAUCUCCUUUCUAACAGAAGAAGGCACAUUAGCUUUCCCAAAUCUAAAAAAGGCGGUAUUAACUAAUAAGUAACAUGCAAUAUAGUUAGAACCAGUAGCUGGCUUCGGUUUUUAUCAACUUGUAAAUCUUUCUUUAAGGACUGAUUUCAGCAUUGUCUGCCAAGAGAUGUGAGGAUUUCUUUUGCAAUUGGUCUGAGAAAGCUGUGCGCUGCAUACGUUCUCAACACUUCCUGUUCACAAAAGAUUAAUUUUCUGUGCGUUAUGUGCAUUUAGCAGAGUGUGCAUGUAUGAUAUCCUGCGUAUAUAUCAAUCUCUUUGCAUAAGAUAGCUAUCUUUAGUUUAGACCUCAAUGUUUGAAGAAGUCUUUCUGGGACAACUAAAAUUUGCUUUAGUAUGUGGAACAUUUUUGUCAAGAUCUGUUUUCUGAAAGACUGAACUGUUUUGAUUAUUUCUAAAAUGAGGGACCUUAACAGGAAUGAAUAUCAAAAUGAUAGAGCAGGUUUUGCAAAAUAUUUAUUUGUGAAAGGCUUACAAUCCUAUAGGCAUACAGUUGUAUUGGAAAAAAAAUGGUGUUUUAUUAAGAAAUGAAGCCUUUCCUUAACAAUAAUAGAAAUACUCCUAGGAACAUGGGGACAGGCAGGUUUGUUUUUAAUUCUUGUAGGAGACAAUAUAAGCCAGUAACAAAAAUGUGAACUGGGCCUGCAGGAGCGAAGCAGUUCUAUGUGGUAACUAAACAGGGAAGUGUGGAGUGCAUGGAGACUGUUCUGUUCCUUUGUAUAAAGGAAAGCAAUUUUAUCCCUUACAGUCCUUUGAUUUUUGUGGAUAUGUGUGUAUAUAUAUAUAUAUUUAUAAGCAAAAACAGCUGAGUUCUCUAUUGUAACAGUUUGGUUUCUUGAAAGUUUUUCUGAGUUCCGUUUUGUUCAGUAAUUUUGUAGCUUUUAAUUAAAAAGCUUUGAUCCAUAUAAUAAUUUCAUCUCAUCAAAACCCGCAUAUCA